GGAGAAAUGACUGAGUUGUGAGAAAGAAGAAGACAAAGGAGGACAAACACCUGCUUGUUUGGCUAGAAGAAUUAAAAACUACACACAGCAGUGACUGAGUGCAGAGACAGCUGAAUUCCUUUAAGGUUUCACACAGCAGAGGAGGAAGGGUUUCUUCACACUUGUCCCUCCGUACUGAUCCGGCCGCAUCAUGAGUCUGUUCAUCCACGUGUUGGCGUGCGCCUUUGGCCUGGGCUCCUGGGUGGCGGUGAACGGUCUGUGGGUGGAGCUGCCGCUCAUUGUCAACAUGCUCCCAGAGGGCUGGGAGCUGCCGUCCUACCUGACAGUCAUCAUCCAGCUGGCUAACCUGGGACCCCUGCUGGUCACGCUCAUGCACAAGCUGUGCCCGGGCCGUCUCAAAGAGAGCGCCGUCAUAUACUGCAUCCUCUCCAUCGGCGUCCUCGCCUGCAUUCUGCUGGCCUUCUUCUGGAAGGAGACCACCGUUGUGGCGGGCGCGCCACACAGCACGGCCUUCUUCAUCAUCACCUUCUUCCUCUCUCUGGUGGACUGCACCUCCUCAGUGACCUUCCUGCCCUUCAUGAUGCAGCUUCCGGCGAAAUACAUCACCACGUAUUUCAUCGGCGAGGGGCUGAGCGGGUUCAUUCCCGGAGUGGUGGCCCUGGCGCAAGGCGUGGGCAUGGCCCGGUGUGUCAACGCCUCCACAAACUACACUGAAGGGAGCAUGUGGCAUCUGCAGACUCAGUAUCUCCCUCCCAACUUCUCCACAGAAGUGUUUUUCUUCUUCCUGGCAGCCAUGAUGUGCAUAAGCCUGGCUGCGUUCGUCGCGCUGAACAAGCUCCCGCGGACAUUCGAGCUCUCCACCGAGAACCUCGUCACAGACGCCGUGCCGUCCGUCAGCGGCGGCCUGGACAACCCGGGAGCGGAGAUCGAUCGAAGGAGCGAGAAAAGCCAUGGGAGGGAAGCGGCACGGAGCGGGCCUCUGCACUCAGUGUACCAGCUGAGCUUCAUCUACUUCCUGGUGGUGUGGGUGAACGGCGCCACCAAUGGCCUGCUGCCCUCUGUGCAGACGUACUCCUGCAUGCCGUACGGGAACCUGGCCUAUCACCUGUCUGCAGCUCUGGCGUCAGUGGCCAACCCAGUCGCCUGCACCAUAGCGAUGUUCUUCCAGAACAGGUCACUGGUCUUCCUGGGUUUGCUGGCGGCGCUGGGGACAGGAUUUGGCAGCUACAACAUGGCCAUGGCAGCGAUGAGUCCGUGUCCUCUGCUGCAGGGGUCUGUGGCGGGAGAGGCCAUCAUUGUGCUCUCCUGGCUGCUUUUCACUGGAACGCUGUCGUACGUCAAAGUGAUGGUGGGGGUCAUCCUGAGGGACCGGAGCCACAGCGCCUUGGUCUGGUGCGGGGCUGCGGCGCAGAUCGGCUCGCUGGUGGGCUCCGUCACCAUGUUCCCACUGGUCAACGUCUACCGGCUGUUUGAGUCAGGAGACUUCUGCAACACAGAGUGUCCUCGAUGAUGACCGGCCUGAGCACCACAGCACCGAGCAGGAGCUGGAGGCACUGAUUGACAUUUUGAGACUCGUAAUCAUUUGAUUUGUUCCAGAGACCGAGAUCAGUAAGCGUUAUUACUCUGAUGUGCAAAAGUGUGAUGAGGAGCGAGCAAAAGCAGACAGAUCCAACAACCAGCACAUACAUUAUAUUAUUCUCUCACUACCUGAUGUACGCUGAUUAAGAUGACUCCAAAUAUGAAACACUUCAUAUUGUGCGUUUACAUUUAAGAAGUCUAAGAUUGACAUUCAGAUUCAAUUCUUCUUCCUUACUCAGUAAGAUGUUCUAAACAUGAUUUGACAACUUACGGUAAAUAAGUCUAAAAUCAACAAAUGGACUCUAUGCACAACUCAAACACUUCCUGUCUUUCAUGAUAGGACGAGCUGAUUAAUCCAGGCGUCCCUGACCUCUGUAACCACAACAGUAAUGGUCAGACGCACCUGCAUUAAUCAGCUCGUCCUAUCAUGAAAGACAGGAGGCAAAGAGCCUCCUGAAGUUCAGGAAGUGGUUGAGUUGUGCAUAGAGCCCACACCACAACAGAACAUCACUGUAGUCCACAGGAAAAGAAGCACUUAUGUUUUUCUACAAGAGGAAGGUGGAGAUGGACAAUCCCUUCUCUUUUCCAGUGAAGCUGGACUCUGAGGGUCAGUUUUUAGUUUGUAGCCCAACAUGGCUACUUUAAUGCCGCCUGCACCUCUGGUCUGUUUCAAACAUAACACAUAGUGUACAUUAUAUACAGACCAAUACAGCCGCCUGCACCAUGACGUUGUUCCUUGAAUGAAAACAGAGUUUUAUUAGAAAGCCCUAAAAAGUGGCUAUGUGAACUUUUUUUUUAUUUUUAUUGAUCUCUAUUUUCUUUAAUGAUUAUCCUUUUCCACACCAUGUUUGCACAUAACUUUAUGAUUCAUUCACAUUUUAAAUAAUUUGUUUAUAUCUAAUAAAUUGUGACGAGAAUGGUUGUAUACUAUACAAAACUAACUGUGGAGGUUGCAUCCACUCCCUGGUCCUGCAUGGGUAUAAUCCAGGUACUCUGACUUCUUCCCACAAUGCGAAAGACUGGCCAGCUGUCCACGAUGCCUCCUGCCUGCCUCUGACCAGUCUGGACUGAAAAGGCUCCACCGGCAGCCGCCACCACACCCUGGUCUGGAUGAUGCUGUGGAUUUAUGAAUGGAUGUUCAAGUGGGCGGUGCAGUCAGUUAGUACUUCUAAUUUCUUGCAGAAAUUGCAACGCAGCGGUGCUGGAACUGUCAGCGUGUGUGGCCACUAGAGGUCAGAAGCACUCCUCCAAAGCCUACCAAUCCACAGACCACAUCCAGUGCUCCACAAAUCAUGAGUACAGUUAUACUGCGCACUUGAACAAAUAAAGAGGCUGAAAUAGAUUCCUCACCUGUGAGCAGAAGAUCAAAGGCUGAUAUUUAUGCACCUAUUAUAUGAGCUGUUUUCUCUUUUAAAAUCAUCCAUGUAUAAAAUG